AUGCGUUUCCGUGGGACGUUGGCAAAGGAUGCGCUGGCUGUGCUAUUGGAUGUAGCACAAUCUUUUGCUCGUCUCGGGUCUCAGAAUAAUGCCAAGACCAAUUGUGUCUUCACUUUGACACCCGAGACGCUCUCCAUUGCAUUGAAAUGCGGUGGUACUGAGGAACUUCAGAGCUUUGCACGACUUCAAACGAGGCGACUUUUUCAUGAUUAUGUAGUCCACUCUCAGGCUAAUAAUCACAUUUAUUUUCUAUGUGAUGUACGUCAUUUUCAACAAGCUUUAUCUUCAGGCAAAGAUGCAAGUGCUGUCAUGUUACGGCUUCUUAAACGAGAUGGCAACAACUUUUUGUGUCUUAGGACACGAGCGGUGGAUAUUGAUAUUGUACAGAGUAUUCCUAUUACAGUGAUGGCUAUGAGCACUGUAGAACAUUACAAAGAGCCUAGUGUACCUGCACCACAAAUUGCAAUUGAAAUGCCGCCAUUGAGAGCUCUACGGAGCAUCGUAGAUAGACUUAAGGUCAUGCACAAGACCUUGACGGUGGAAAUUAGCAAGAUGGGUACACUUAUUUUACGUAUUGAUACCCUUCCAGUUACACUACAGACGUUGUUUGCACAUUUGAGAUAUCGUGAGGACUUGGUGGAUGAAGAUGGAGAAGAGGAGGGAGAAAGAUCAAGACAUGAACAUUCAUCGAGUGUUACUGUUGACAGUAAAGUGCUGAGCAAAGCAGUUGUACUGGAUGGACAGUCAACAGACUCGGUAUUGUGCUGUAUUACAGAGAAUAGAGCGAUGGUACUGCACUCUAUUCUUGUGGACGGGUUUGGAUCGUUUACGUGUUACAUUCCAGUGCUUACACCAGAUCUUUAA